AUGACCUUCCUACACAAUUUCGGUUUUAUUUGCGCGUCUAUUUCUGGGCUUCAACUCGGUUUUGGGAAAACGACAUCCCGAAAGGUCUAGGUGGGCGCGCGAUAGAUUGAUUGCCGUGUCCAUCUCGUCGAUGGCCAAGUCGAUCAUUGUCCCAUCCAACGAACGACAGCAUGACGGCAGCGUCGACUCGGACGCUGCCGCCAAGGCAUUGGGCCAUCCCACCGGCGCCAGCACGUGUCGGCACUUUGGCGUCGGGUUGUCCACGCCGCCGCCCGACACGUCGUUCGCCCCGAAUCGUAUCUCCACGUCCAUCUACACGCCGUACAACUUUCUCUUCAAGAACCUCUUCAAGCAGUUUGCGCGGCUGUCCAACAUGUACUUCCUCUUCAUCACGGUGCUCCAAGUGAUUCCGCAGGUGACGCUGUCGGGGGGGUACCCCACGACAAUCGUGCCGCUUGUGUUUGUCCUGUUUGUGAACGCGAUCAAAGAUCUCAUCGAGGACAUCCACCGCCACAACGCCGACACUGUCCAGAAUAGCUCGAAAACGCUUCAAAUGCAAGACGGAGAUGCCAAGCCCGCGUUUGUGGCCACGACGUGGGCCGAUCUGCAUGUAGGCAGCAUCGUCAAGGUGCACCAGAACGAGAUCAUCCCGGCCGACAUGAUCAUCUUGGCAUCGAGCAGCCCCAUCGGGCAGUGCUUCACCAUGACUGCCAACUUGGACGGCGAGACGAAUCUCAAGAUCCGGUGGGUGCCGUCGCAGCUGGCGUCGCCAGACAACCCCAUGACCGCCGACGCCGACAUUUGGGCCAAGAUGCACGGCGCGCACGUGGAAGCGGAAGAGCCGAGCCGGAGACUCGACCGCUUCAAGGCCACGUUGACCACCUGCGACAAUGUCAAGGUCAGCAUCGGCAUCUCCAACUUGUUGCUGCGGGGCGUACUGCUGCGGGACACGGACUGGGCAGUCGGCGUCACGGUGUACACGGGCGACGACACUAAAAUCCAGCAAAACUCCGGCGAGACUCCAUUCAAGUCGAGCUCACUGUCUAAAAUGACCAAUAUCAUGACGUACCAGAUCAUCGUGCUGCAGGUGGUGCUGCAGAUCGUCGCCGUGGUCGUGGAGGCCCUCGGCCCAGACUUGCCCUACAGCCCGCGCAACAGCCAGAGCAUGCUGAAUGCAUUUUGGCUGUUUCUGACGUACAUGCUGCUAUUUUCCAACUUUGUGCCGAUAUCGCUGCAAGUGACAGUCGACAUUACGCGGUUCGUCCAGUCGAUCUUGCUUUGUUUGGACACGGAGAUGGCGCUAGGUGGUGUCGGCGUCACGGUUCGGUGUUCCGACUUGAACGAAGACUUGGGCGUGAUCCAGCACAUCUUUACUGACAAAACGGGCACAUUAACGUGCAAUAACAUGGAGUUUCGAAAGUGCGCGAUCGACGGCGUAUCGUUUGGCAACGUCGCGGCGCCCCCAAGCGCCCCUCGGGGGUCGUACCUCCCGCCGUCAACUUCCAACAACUACCGGCUGCGGUCGAUUCUCCCCUUUCCCAAGCGCACCAUGGACAUGGUGUCGCCCCGCGGCCACCUCACGCACGUGAAUAUUGUCGACAAAGCUCUCCAACAAAAAGUCGUGGACGAGCGACAUCCGAGGUUUGUGCAGUUUUUCGUCAACUUGGCCGUCAAUAGCGCCGUGGUGCCGAUCGUGGACGCUGCCACAGGCCGCCUCGUCUACUCGGCCAUCUCCCCGGACGAAGAAGCGUUGGUGUGUGCCGCCAAACACUUCGAUGUGACUCUGCUCCGGCAUGACUCGACGUCGGUUGCCGUGAGCCGAUUCGGCGAUACCGUGCUCUUCGACGUGCUGCACAUGUUUGAGUUUUCCAGCGAGCGCAAGAAAAGCUCCAUGAUUGUGCGUGAACGAGGGGGCUCUGCCGGGGUGAUUUUGUUUUGCAAGGGCGCCGACACGGUUGUGUUUCCAGCUCUGAGGUCGCCAGUGGACGCAGAGGAGGACGAAAGGUACACUGCGAUGAAGCAGCACCUUGUCACUUAUGCGGCCGAGGGGCUGCGGGUGCUGUGUGUGGCACAGAGAGAGCUCUCGGACGACGUAUAUGAAGCCUGGAAUGCCAAGUACUUGGCCGCCAAGACCGCGUCCGACACGACUGAAGACGACCUGGACGCGAUUGUGCGAGACAUUGAAACGCAGUUGGAUCUUGUCGGGAUCACUGGCAUUGAAGAUAGGUUGCAGGACGGAGUGGCGGACGCGCUGCAGUGCUUCCGUCUCGCCGGAAUCAAAGUGUGGAUGCUCACGGGUGAUCGACCCGACACGGCUGUGAAUAUUGGCCACGCCACGCAACUCAUUUCGAAUGACAUGCAAGUGGUGCAAAUCUCCACCAAAGAGCUGAGUGACCUCCGACCUGGUGGUGGUGGUAAUACGCCGUCGGCGUUGGUGGGUCAACUGUUGCAGGCGAUCAUCGAUGCCCCCAAAGACCACAGGACGCCCCCGACGGCGCUCAUUCUGGACGAUUCGGCUCUUGAACUGAUCGUGGGGCUGGAUUCGCUGCAAAGCCUACUCAUCCAAGCGAGCAAUCGAUGCAAGAGUGUCUUGUGUUGCCGGGUAUCCCCCAAGCAAAAAGAGUUUAUUGUCGACCUCGUGCGGCGGAAGACGGGCGUGAUGACGCUGGCGGUGGGGGACGGUGCGAACGACGUGCCGAUGAUCCAGAGGGCACAUGUUGGUGUGGGGAUUAUGGGGGCCGAGGGGCAGCAAGCUGCGAACGCGAGCGAUUACUCGAUCCCAGAGUUCCAAAGUCUCAAGAGGCUGCUGCUCGUGCACGGGCGAUGGAUGAAUCGGCGCAUGUCCAUCUUGACGCUGUACAUGUUUUACAAGAACGUGCUGCUGGUGCUGCCGCAGUUCUUCUUCGGGUACUACUGCUCGUUCUCGGGCCAGUCGACGUACUACGACUCGCUGUACCAGCUGUACAAUGUGUGCUUUACAGCGUUGCCCGUGUUUUUGUUCUCCGUGUCCGACCAACACGUGAGCGCCCCCAUGAGUUUGCAGUACCCGUCUUUGUACGCCAGCCAGUCGUUUGGGAGCAUUCGUUGGUUCUGGCUCUGGAUCCUCGACGCGUGCAUUUCGUCACUCGUGAUCUUGUUCAUUCCACUGGCGGUGCUCGGCCACGGCCCGUCCAGCAUCCACGGGUUCGAUCAGGGGCUGUGGGACGUCGGGCUCGUCAUGAACGGCGCCGUGGUCGUGGUGGCCAACCUGCGGCUCGCGUUGGAGUCCAAGUGCUGGUUCUGGUUUAUUCCCGUGGGCUUUGCAUCCAGUCUCGGGCUCUGGUCGGCGUCAGCGUACGCGUUUUCAAGCUUGCUCUCGUUCGGGGGCGAGCUCUACGCCGUGCUCGGGGUCGUGGCCAAUCUGUCGAUUUUAUUUAUGCUCGUGCUCGUGUGCGUGCUGUGCUGCUUUGGCGCGUACGGCCUCCAGGCGUACCACACGACGUUUGCACCCCAUCCGACGGACAUUUGCCACGAAAUCGACGUCUGGGGCCUCGACCCGACGCUGCCGUCGUCCCCCGUCGUCAUCGUCAGCGACGGCCGCGUCCACCCCAAGCAACCACACGAGUGAAUGCAAGUGCCGACAGAAGAGUGCACCUCCCCCCGUCGCGCCUUCGCGAGAUUUCUCUUUGCCCCCCCCCCAUGCACCGGUAUACGUGUGUGACAAUGCGACUGCUGCCUCUGGUUGUUUGGCUGGUUUUGUGUCGACGCGAGCGUAAAACUGUGGCGUGUUCUCCUGUUACAGUAACAGCGGUGUAUAACAGCGCCGUGUGCUUCCGAUGUUACUAUGUGUUGUCCCGAGGCAAAAUGCAGUUAUGUCA